GACAUCAGUAAAGUCAGAGCGAUGAUGGAAACCUUCAAGGGCAGACAGUUACUGGGAUUACGUAAAUAUCGCUGCUACUUCUUUACAUAGAAGCAGAUUCAUGUUGUUAGUCUGUGCCUCUGCUCUGCUGGAUCCUCUUCUGCCUUCAUCCCGGAUCAGGAUUCUUAACAUCCAGCUUGGUCUCCUUGAACCUGGAGCUUUGGUUCAAGGAGAGAAAGGCUACAGGACUGCAGGAAGUUAUUCUUUUAGGGAGAAUUAUUCUAACUUCAGAUGAGAAUAAUCUCAUGUAAGGAAUGAACCAAAACAUAGCAGCCGAGGAGUUUUCUAAACUGUUCAGUUCUAAAUACAGAUGCAGAGGGAAGGGAGAUACAUGAUUCUCAUGCAGCUUAUCUGACUGACUGGGAUGCAAUGCCUGAGAUGCAGACCCUCUACUACAGCAUGCGUCGGCCUCCAAGCCUCUACCUGGAUCCCUUUGAAACACAGCAGCAUAUCCUGGAGGACCAAGUGCAAUUCUGGUGGUUCCGGGAGCCAAGAAAGUCCCUGAUCUGCUACUGUGCCUCAGUGGCCCUCAUAAUGGGACUCGGCCUUGGUGGAGUGGGGCUUCUUUCCACCACCAACAGCCUGUCUGUGGAGUGGCGUCUUGGGGUGGGAACCACACUCUGCCUUCUAGCCCUUGCUCUUUUACUCAAGCAGCUCCUGAGCUCCGCCAUCCAGGACAUGAACUGUGUCCACAGCCGACGUCAGAUCGAACAGCUGCGGAGCGGAGGGAGGGCCGACCCACCACUGAUCUUUGCCGUGGGGCUGUCAGUGAUUCUGUGUGGGACCGUGCUGCUCUGUGUGGCCACAGCAGGGAGCCACAGUCACGACAGCAGAGAGAUGUUGGUGUCUGGGGCAGCACUCAUGGCUGCUGGUGGAGGCAUGGGUCUGGCAGUAGUGGGGUACAGCGUGAUGACGUAUCUGAAGAGGAGAAGGGAGCAGAGGAUGAGGAGGAGGCUGAGAAUCAGUAGAGCGAGGAGGCUGGGGGGCCAGGCUGUCCGAGUGUUCAGCGUUUCUCCUCGGCAGAUGAGUCAAAUCAGGAGGGACACUUCCACCAGCAGGACAAGUCUGAUCUGAAAGGUCUGAAUGAGAAAAAGAAAACUGCCCAGAGAAGAAGAAAACUGUCUUGAUAAAAUUGUAAAAUUUUAUUUAGCUGCAGGGAAAUUAAUAAAGGGGAGAAUCACAUUAAAAGUCUCAUUGAUUCCUUAUGCAAAAUAACAGAAUACUGA